AUGGAUCAUGGCUCGGGUCUCCCGGAAGUCCCACGCUCAGAGCCCAUCUUCCCUCUCUCAUCUGAGCCUCCAUCCUCCCCACCCUCGGUCUCGUCCGAUGCUGGUGAGAGACGGAAGCUCAAGAAACCACCGACCGUCACCCCACGCUCUUUCAGACGAUUUUUCACCCCUCGAUCUUUGCUAAACAGUGGGAACCCUGCCAGCAGCGUCAGGACCAGUCGCCAGGCCUUGAGGGCGCUGACCUCGCCGGCUGUAAAUCGUCUUGGACCCGCAUUCACGAGAACCUCCAAAGCCGGCAGUGCACGAAGCCCCCAUGAUGGAUUACCAGAAGACUUUAUUCGCACACCUAGCAGGAAAAGAAAACAUUCUUUUUCCUCAACGGCGUCUCCGCUACAGUCAUCGCCGUUGAAAAAAGUUCGUGUCCGGUCUCCAGACGAGGAAAGUGAGCAGGGAGGUACAACCCGCGACAUCGACGGGGUAUUGGGCGAGCAUAAUGGACUUCUAUUGCCGACGAGGCCCACAAAGCAUUCGCCUCCUGUUGCGCCUGUUAGUCGAUCCCGAGCAUUGCAAACAUCUGGGUCGUUGUUCACGCGAACCGUGUUGGGUUCACGAGCGGACCGGGUCACUAUACGAUCCAAUUCUGGGACUGGCUGGGAAGACCUCACUUCGAAUUUUUACUCGCGCCCGGAAGAUCGUCACUCAUGUUCUAGUUACGCUUCCAACGGCCAACUAGCUCUUCCGUUCUGCAAUGCUUCAUGUAACACCAAUUCGCUAGUUGCGGUGGGCGAUGAAGAGGGCGGUAUUCGGUUGCUGGAUUCGUCCAAGGUCGACGAGCGUGGAUUCUCUGCCGCAUACCUUGGAUUUCGUCCUCAUAUGAACUCGAUCAUGGAUGUCGAAUUUUCGCCAGAUGAUAUGUUCCUGGCUACGGCUUCUGGUGACCAAACAUCUCUGGUCAUCGACAUGACCACGCAACGUCCUAUUCAUUGUUUGUCGAACCACGUCUCGUCCGUCAAGCGCGUUCAAUUUCAGCCGGGUGCCAACAACAAGGUCCUUGCCACAUGCAGUCGGGACGGGAAUGUCAACAUCUGGGAUCUCCGCUGCAAAGGCUUUGAGCGGCCUGCCUUGCAGGUUCGGUGCUCCCUGGAAUCGGAAGCCGAGAAUUCCGCGACGCCUGCCACCCCCAGGAUGACCUAUCCUCAUGUCCUCAACACGAUUCUCGGCGCUCAUGCCUACACAACUCCCCAAAAACCGGCCCUGGACAAAAACGAACCACCUCCCCUCGGCCGCUCUGAUAUCACCGUAACGUCCCUUGCUUUCCUUCCCCCUGGUCGCGAAAACCUAUUCGUCACGGCAUCGGAAGCCAGCGCAAGCGUUAGGCUCUGGGACUUACGCACGGCACAUAAUAGUCGCCGCGGCCGACCUGUCCUUCCCGUGUCGACCACUCGAGAGCCAGACAGCCACAUCAAGUAUCGGCGGUUUGGCUUGACAUCCAUGGCAUUCGGGGGUGAUGGUGCGCGGCUGUACAGUCUUUGCCGAGAUGGUACCGUGUAUGCCCAUUCGACUUCCCACCUGGUCCUUGGCCAUGCACCUGAACUUUCCCUCAACAACCAGCGCCCGCGGCGAACUGGAGGAUCGGACAAAGAUGGCCUCGGACCCCUGUAUGGGUUCCGCCAUCCACGCCUUCAGGUUUCUUCGUUCUAUGUCAAGCUGGCCCUGCGCAAAGCAGCUGAUGACCGUCCGGAGAUGCUCGCCGUCGGCAGCAGUGACCACAGCCCUAUCCUCUUCCCUACAGACGAACAAUUCCUACAGAGUUCGGCGCAAAAACACCCCGAGAACACACCCAGCCGGACCUCGCUCUUUACGACUCGUUCGGGACUCCGCCGGACCAACUCUGGCGUAGGCCUCUCCGGCCGCUUGGAGGAUACCAUCCCCAUCUACCAAUCGGGCACCCCUCUUGUUGAGGGCCACCAGAAAGAGGUUACAGGUGUCUCGUGGACGGUCGAUGGCGAACUUGUGACUGUCAGCGACGACUACAGGGCUCGAUGCUGGCGGGAAGGGCCUGAGGCUCGUUACCUCCGAAAGGGUGGUGAAGCCGAAGGUCGACGCUGGCAGUGUGGCUGGGCUGCUACGAAAGACUCCUACGACGAUGAAGAUGAAUGA